AUGGAUGACGAGUUCCAGGCCUGCAUCGCCAUCGCAGAGCACCCACCCCAGGGCCCCCAGCAGCACCAGCAGCAGCAGCAGCAGCAGCAGUUUGGUACGAGUCCGCCGUGCUCCAGGCAGAACGGCCUGCACACCCACAACCACACAGCCGGACACCUGGGCUCCGGCGCCGAACCCUGAGAGUCUUGGCCUGGUUGUCCC